AUGUCAGAUAAAACUCCUGAAAUAAUCAACACAACCGAAUCUCCUAUUUCCGAUACACCGAAUGAAAGAUUACUCGAAAAACUUUUGGGAUCAGUUGACGAUCAGGCUUUGAGUGAAGUGGACGACGACACUUUACUAGGUGACGAGAAUUGGGAAAUCUCUUUUGACGAAGUGAAUGAUCAUAUUUCCGAAUUUCAGGAAGAUGAAUUUGUGCGUGAGGCGUUUACGAAGGGGAUGGACCUGCGAGAAUACGCACGAAACAUUGAAAAAGAAUUAGGCGUCGUCGAGAAAGAGCAUGAAGUCGACUAUGUAAAACAAGCCAAAGAAUUUGUCGAGCUACACAAUCAAAUUCAAACUUGUGAUCAGAUUCUAGCGACGAUGGAAAAUAUGUUAAGCGUUUUUCAAAUGGAUUUAGGAAAUAUCAGCACAGAAAUUCAGACCUUACAGGAUAAGUCUUUUUCAAUGAGGAUCAAGCUUAAGAAUCGAACGGCGGUCGAGAAUAAUUUAAACGAUGUUCUAGAGGGAGUUGUGAUUCCGCCACCGAUGAUCAAAAAAAUCACGGAAGACGAAGUGGACGAGGCAUGGCUCGCUUAUUUGACAGAGCUCAAUAAAAAGAUGACAUACGUAAAGCAAAAUCAAAAUAAGAACAUUAAAGCAAUCAAAGAUGUUGGGCCAGAAUUAGAAAAACUGAGACUUAAGGCAUGUGUGAAGGCUGCUGAAAAGAUUCGAGACUUUCUUUUGAACAAAAUACGAUCCCUUCGCAUACCAAACACAAAUGUUCAAAUCCUUCAACAAUCGGUCCUGCUGAAAUAUAAGACACUUUAUCAAUUUGUGAUGGAGAGAUACAGUGAUGUUGCGUUUGAAAUAAUGCACACCUACAUAAACACAAUGAGAUGGUAUUUUUUCAACCAUUUUGAACGAUACAACCGAUCAUUGCAAAAGCUUCAAAAUCCAAUUGGAAAUAAGUUUUCUAUGCUCGGAUACGAUGAAAAUGCUAGAAAGGGUGGCUUAUUUGGAUCAAGUAAGAUUGCUCUACAAGAAAAGACCAAUUUUUUUGCACUGGGCGAUCGGAUCGAAACGCUUCGUAAUCAAGAUACCGGCGUUAUCUUGGCUCACGUUGCCGAAAAAAAAAAUCAGAAAUAUCCAUACGAAGCUUUAUUUAGAAGUUUCAACUUAACCUUCAUAGAUAAUGCUA